AUGGCGCAGAUCCUCCGCACCGUCGGCCCCUCCUCUGCUCAGCUGCAGCACCAGCUCCAGCUCCAGCACCAGCAGCAGGCCUUCGUCUCCCCGCGCGUGUCCCAGGACUACAUCCAGACCUUCCUCUCCGCGUCCUUUGGCUGCCUCACCUUUCUCAGGCACGUAAUCUCAUCUAGUAAUCCAUCAGGCCUGUUCGCAGACGACAACUACGACGACGAGCGCUUCCAGCCUGACCCCGCUCUACGCGACCACGUCCGUCUCAAACUCCUCAAGCGCGGUGUCUCCUCCCAAGCUGAUCUGCUUCUCGACUGGCUCGAACGUGGCAUAUUCGAUGCCAUCGAACGUAAAUACCUCUCCGCUGCCGUUUUCGCGGUUUUCUGUGACCCCGCGCGUCCCCAGCUCCUUCAGGAGUCGUACACUUUCUCUAUAGACUACCGCGACGACGAACCCGCCUCUCUCGCCCUACACCAUUCCUCUGGCGCAUCCCUCGAGGUCGGCGUCAGGCCUGCCGAAGUCCGUAAAAAUCUACAGCAGCUCAUGCGCCGCUUUAUCCUGCUUACGCAGAACCUACCUCCGCUGCCCGAUUCCCGCUUUGUCUCUGUCCAGCUUGUCUUCAACGACUCCUGUCCCGCGGAUUAUCAGCCACCCGGCUUCCGCGACGCGUCUUCCGACCGCCCAAUGUAUUUCGCCCUUCCCGAGGAUAGCGAUCCACUAGUUCGCGAAUCGGUCGGUAGCCUUACGGCUGGCUGGCAUGCGGUGGCUCUCAAUCUCUCCUGCGUACCGGAGCGAAACAAUAAUAAUCCUGAAUCUGGAUCUCAAGCUGUCACUGCCACUCCCGCAGCCUCGCAAAUAGCUGGCAGCAGCCAGAUCGGCUCUACUCCUCGUCGCAAGCAAAUACGCGUUUACGAAGCUAUCGACGACGUGGUGUCGCCCAAGUGGGGGAUUCCCAAUGUCAAGACGCGUGCGAACGCGUCGCGCGACAAGCCUUCUCCAGUAGCUCCGCCGCCACCAAAAAUGAUCAAGAGAGAAGACCCAUUCCGACCCUCUUCUGUGCAUUCCGAGAGCGUGGACGCGACCCUGCCACUAGCGUUAGACUCCCAGCUGCAGACGCCUUCGAUUCUGCCUUCCAUAGAAGGCAAAGCAUCAGUCGCGUCAAUUAAGACCCUGACGCCGCAGCAACACCACCAGCCAAACGUUCCGCGCCCGAAAAAGAAAAUCACAAAGCCUACUGCUCCCGCCGCCAAUGCUAAUGCCAAUGCCAAUCGGGGUGCUGCGCCACCCAAACCCAAGAGGCAGAAGAAGCAUGCGACAAGCUCACCCCAACCACAUCGCUCGGGGUCUUCUCAAGCUGCGCGCCGAGCGUCAGCAAUGUCGGCUACCACUAGGAGACCUAGUCCCUCCCGUCGUUCGCCACACAGGCUUAACAUGCCCGCCGUUGCCGCGCCUACCACCGAUUCGGUUGGCAUUUCAGUCAAGUCGGAGAAGAAGCAGCAAUCGUCUCUGUCCUCCCCCGGCAGCGAGCAAGCCGACGACAACGCGAAUUUAUUAAUUACUUGCGAGUGUGGUUAUCACGCCCACGACGAUCUCUUUGACCUCGUAGAAUGCUCGCGCUGUACUACUUGGAAGCAUCUCUACUGCUACGGUUUCCAGCAUGCCGAGGAUGAGGCUCUAAAGAUAGAGUUUAUUUGCAGUUCAUGCAGAUACGGGGGCGAGAAAAUGGUUUCCGGCUCGAGGUUGACCAAGAUCGCAACUCUAGGUAUUUUCAGACGUGCCGUCAAGGUACUUUACUCCGAUGCUUACGGCAGCCUGCGGCAAGGCCACGAUUUUUCCCGCAGUCUGGCGAAAAUUCUUGGGACCACGCCAGCCAAAACUGAGUUGAUACUCCGUCUCCUAAAUGCCGAAGGAGCGGUCAUUUUUAUCGACGGGGUGAUAUUCGCCAUCAAGCUUGUCGAUACGCCCGAAAUAAGAUCGCGGCUUACUGAGAAAUACUUCAACCCAGCUGAGAACAUCAUCACCACCGCCGAGCUGCUAUAUUCCAACCUGGCACAAAAGGCGCAGCAAGGCACUGUCGAGAAGGCAACGAAACCCUCGCAGCCGCAGCAGAGCCAGAGCCAGAGCCAGAGCCAGAGCCAGAGAAGCCAGCCGAUCUCGGAUAGCCAAUCUUCGAACUCAGAGAUGGUGAUAGACUCCUGUACGCCGAGCGCAGUAACGAGUUUGAGCCAAAGGCUUGGGAUGAUCAGUGUCAAAAGCGAGGAGAUCUCGACGCCGCCCAAACGGAAGAUUAGUGUGGUUGAGACUCCGAUCAGUCCUACUUAUUGCUAG